GGCAGCGCCGAUGGCUGAGCUCCGUGCUGUGCUACUGGCUCGGCUCCUGGUCGGGCAGCUCAGCCUCUUCCUGGCAUGGCUGUGGGGUGCCCAGGUGGGAUGGAGCUUCGAGGUGCAGCAGCCCGAGAAAUGGGUGUGGGUGACCGUGGGGCAGACGCUGACCCUGACCUGCAUGGUGACUGAAUCGGGUCCCCUCGGCCCUGUGAAGUGGCUGAAGGGCUGGGGCAGCAGCAAUCAGACUGUGUAUGAUCAGAAAGGCUCCUCAUACCGUGCGACGAGGGCGGUGAAUGAGUCCAACACAGACUUCACCAUCCACAUUGAGGACAUCCAUCCCGAGGACGCCGGCACUUAUUACUGCGUGAAGUUUCGCAAAAAUACCUUGGGUGAUGAGUUUUUUGGCCGUGGUCAGGGCACGGAGGUGUCAGUGUAUGAGACCUCUCCGUUCCCCAGCAUGGAGGUUGCAGCUGCUGUGCUCUGCUUCAUCCUCCUCAUCUUCGUCCUUGCCUUCUGCUUGUACCGCAGGAAGAAGAGGGGAGGGGAGCAGAGCCAGCACGUGGCUGAGGUGACCACGGGCAGCUGCUCGCCCUUCCCUGUCCCAGGCUGUGCAGGGAGCCCUGGGACCCCCAGCAGUGAACUCCAGGAUGUAGAGAACCCAAAGCUGCCCCACCAGCAAAGCGGCGAGGUGGACAAGGACAUCCACUACGCUGACCUGCAGCCCCUGCCUGCAGCACGAUGGCCCAGCGGGAGCCCUGGUGCUGAACGCUCCGAGUAUGCCAGCAUCAGGGGGGCUGCUAAAUGAGCUGGCCCUGACACAUCACUGAGGCAGGAAGCAGAGACUUUCUGUGGGACACCAGAAAGAAGAAGUGGAGCUGCUUGGAGCCGGCCAAGAUUGGCACGAGGAUCUCAAAAGCUCUCCUUCCUGUCUCGGUGGCCAUGCCAGGCAGGCUCAGCUCAGGCUCAGCAGAGCCUCUCCAGGAGCCAGCAGCUCCCCAGGGUGCAGGAUCAGGGCAGCGAGCUGAGCACCUCUGCCUUCUGCAAGCUGUGUGGUGCCGUUGGCUCCAGGAGGACUUCAUGAAUGUCUUCACCAGCACGGGCAACCAGAGCUUCCCCAGCUCAGCAGAUCCUUAAUUUGUAUCAUCCCAUCACCACACCAAACUCAUCGUCAUUAAAGCCAGCAAACAGCCGUGCCACCUGGGCCUGCUGCGUUCGGAGCCAGAAUGAUGCUGCAGUUGCUGCAGGGCCCUGGAGAUGUGUGGCCAGCACAGCCUUGUGCUUGAUCACACCGUGCUGCUGCCGGCUUCGUGCUGAGCCCCCCUGCAGCUCCCACCAAGCAGGGCUGUGAUUAAACGGAACAGAACCCCAGCUUUGCCCUGACCCACCUGGAUGGUUGGUGAGGGUCAGGCUGAGCUCCCUGGUCCUGCAGCCCCGGCGUCUGCCACGCUCAUCCCCAGCCCACUCCUUCCUUCUCUCAGUCCUUCGCAACCCACAUCCUGUGGCCACACGCUGGGAGGAGGACAGAGCGAGGUGGAGGCAGGGAGCUGUGUCAUAGGCACUUUUCCUGCAGAGCAGUCAUUGCAGCUGCCUCUGACCUUGAAAGCUGUAUGCACUUAUCAGCUUUCAACUAUUUUAUCUGCUUUUCUGUGAAAUAAAAAAAAAGAGAAGUGAAAGAG